UUGAGUAAAUUUGUAAUGGAAAGUAAUCAUCAUCUGGUACAAGUUGUUGUAAAUUCGAUUCCAUCGCCUGAAAAAUUCAAAGACACAAUACAGGAAUGUUUGCCUUGUGCAAUUUAUGUUGGAAGUAACAAUUUUGUCAAAUGGCUUCUUGAUCAUGGUGCUGAGUCAAACGAGAAUUGUUUUAUAGCUCUAUUCAUGAAUUCUAGCCAGAGUCUUAAGAACGACCUCGUUGAUAGAAUCUUUAACGGUUUUAUUACUGCUUACGUGAGGGAAAAAAGACUACGCUACAGUCCAGAAUUAGGAAAAGGAUGUGCAAUUGGUCAAAACAUGGCAGAAAUCUUACUGUAUGCAGUACACAUGGGAAACACACACAUAGUCCAGUUGACAGUGCACAUGUUAAAACACAAGGACGACAACCUCAAUGUAAUCUCAGAGAUAUUAUCAUGGCUCUGUGAUAAGAUGCAAACACAUCAUCCCAAACUCACUGUGUUUAGCAGCAGGGAAUGUUUAAAAGAAAUGAUUCAAAUACUACUUGCAACUGGAUGUAAACUUCAUUGUCAACAUCUCCUUUUGUCAGCCUCAGCUCACUCAGAUGCCACAGUUCUGAAUCUUUUACUGAAUCUUGAGACAGACAUUUUGCAGACGAGGAAUUACGUCGAUGCCAACAAGUACUCCACCAAAUACGCAACACCUCAAGAACAGGCAGCAGCUUAUGGUAGCACUGAGUCCUUGGAUAUAUUGAUGAAAUAUUCCCAAGAUAUAAGCCAGCGUUUUAGGGUUGCUGCCGCAAACACCUUCUUGCUACACAGGGCAGCACAACAUGGAAACGAUAAAUGUGCAGAUUUCUUAUUAGGGAAAGGUUUUCAGGUAGAUUUGAAAGACAAUGAUGGCAAUACCCCAUUACAUUUGGCUGUUCAGAACAGUCACCUUGAAUGUGUGAAAAUACUUCUGCAGCAUAAGGCACCUGUUAACCUGGAAAACCGUGAAGGACUCGUACCUUUGUCAGUCAUUGAAAACGUGAAUCGUGAAAUAGUGAAAGCUUUAGUUGUGGCAGAAAGUAUCUUAAAUCAAAUGGAUGGAAAGGGUAGAACAAUUCUUCACAAGGCUGUCCUAUGUAAUGAUUUGGAGACCGUAAAAUUCCUUUGCAGCAAAGAAGCUGAUGUGAAUAUUCUUUCACAAUGCGGUUCACAAACUAGAAGUGUUGUUCACCUAGCCUGUGAGUAUGCUGACAUAGAAGUACUGGAGCUCUUGUGCAACUCAGGAGCACAGAUUGAAGCAGUAGACGCUGACAAGAGACCAAUUGUUCACAUGGCAGCAUGCUCUCGUGUUGAUGCUUUAGAGAAACUCACAUUUCUCAUUGAUGUCAAAAGCAUCUUCCUGAUGCAGAAGACAAGGAUGGCAGAACAGCGAUAUUUUCAGCAAUCGACACUCAUGCCGAUACUUAUGGAGUUGAAAUAUUGGAAUUCCUACUGAAGA